AUGGUCCUCAUCCUCAAAAUCCCACCCUACUACCGCUCCAGCUCCUACGUCCUCCACUACAACCGCCACCCCACCACAACAGCCCAAUACAUCCUCCUAACCCCCGCCUCCUCAGAAACCCUCACAACGCGCAACGCCGCCAUCGCAAAAGACUGUGCGGCAUGGGGCUGGCGCCUCUACAACACCGACCGCUCGCUCCCCAAGAUGGAGAAGUGGUUUGCGAAAUACGAAAAGCUUGCUAAGAAGAACACUUGGGACGACGAUAUUUGGGUUAUUUGGCAGAGGGAAACUGGGCUGAGGAUUAACGGGGAGGAUGAGAGGAAGAAGGCGGAGGCGGAGGCGGCUAACGGGAAGAGUAGGCUGGAAUCUGUUUUGAACAGCGCGAAGAAAGCGCACUGGCGGGUUUGGGGUAAGGAUACGUGGGUUGGGAGUGAUGAGCAGAGACUGAGGAUUGAGCACGGUCCUAGGGAGGAGAAGAGGAUGAGGAAGUGGGCUGAAGAGCAGAUGAGGGAGAUGUCGGGGCUGCUUGAUCCUUUUUCGGAUGUUCAUGAGGUUAUUGGAGAAGAUGAUGAAGAUGAGGACGAGGAGCUUCUGUCGGGAGGGCUGAGAGGCGGUGGUGCUGACGGUGGCGAUGCGAAGGCGACUCCGGGUGGAGAAACUGAUGGGAUGACUGCGGUGGUGCUUCCUCGGCAUGCUUGGUUAUCUCGAGGCUGA